AUGCGAGACGCCUGUUGGACGGCCAUUACUUUGACCUGGCUGGCGAGUCAGCGAUUACAAACGCCUUUGAACCACGGAAAGGGACAGUGCAGUGCUACAACUGCCAGGAGAUUGGCCACAAAUCGUUUCAGUGCAAGAAUCCUCGACUUUGCGGGAGGUGCGCAAUGCCAGGACAUCACCACAAGGAGUGCCAGGCGGCAGAACCGAGGUGCGUGCCGUGUGGCGGACCUCAUGAGUCGUUCAGUCGAAAUUGCCGUGUGCGGAACGCACGCAGCAAUGAGUAAGACGCUUAGCAUCUUACAACUCAAUGUGCGGAAGCGAGAACCGGUGCAACAGAGCUUGAUGAACGACAUCGCGCUAAAAGAUUAUGGGGUUAUAGCGGUCUCCGAGCCAUACGCAAAACAAGUCGACGGCGACGUGGUAACGAGCCCUGCGGGGCACAGCAACUGGACGAAGAUCAUACCGACACAGAAGCAUGAUGCACCCUGGCCGAUCCGAAGCAUGCUUUGGGUGCGACACGACAUUGAGGUUGAGCAGGUGCCGAUACCUUCAGCAGACCUCACGGCGGCCGUGCUCCGACUGCCGGAUAGGGAUGUGCUGGUAGUGUCUGUAUACGUACAAGGAAAGAAAACGGAGCCACUCGUAUCUACACUAGCAACGCUGCAUGACGUGAUCCAGCGAUUUCGCGACAGAAGAGGCAGACGAACAGAUGUGGUACUCGCGGGGGACUUCAACCGCCACGACCUACUCUGGACCGGGGACGAGGUUUCGCCAAGAAGACAAGGCGAAGCCGAGCCUGUCAUCGAUCUAAUGAACGAACAUGCCCUUUGUAGCCUGCUCCCGAGGGGCACAAGGACUUGGCAGGGGCCGGACAAUGAAAGUACCAUAGACGUAGUGCUGGCGACUUCGGAGUUGGCAGACGAAAUGGUGAAAUGCACCCUCCAUCCAACAGAUCACGGGUCAGACCACCGGGCGAUCCAGACGACAUUUGAUGUUGCGAUGCCCGAGAGGAUCACGACACAAAAGUUGUUAUUUAAGAAUGCUCCUUGGAAUCUCAUAGCAGCAAGAGUGGAAGACCGUCUCCGGCCGCUCCCCUGGGAUGUCGGCGUGCAGACGCAGACGGAUCAGUUGAUGCGAGUUGUCUUGGAGGCAAUCCACGAACUGACGCCCCGAGCACAGCCAUCGCCCUAUGCCAAACGCUGGUGGACACGAGACCUAACACGACUGCGCCAGCUGUACACGUUCUGGCGAAACCAGGCCAGAGCACAACGGCGGGCGGGCCGAGCGCGAUCGGAUUUGGAGCGACGGGCCAAGGAAGCAGCAAAGGAGAACCAUGACGCCAUACGAAUCCAGAAGAAGGCGCAUUGGGACGAUUUCCUGGCCGAGGAUGUCAACAUCUGGAAGGCGGCCAAAUAUCUCGAACCUGGAAAGGUCAACAUGGGCGACAAAGUACCACCCCUGAAGAGGGAAGACGGAUCCAUGACAGAGAGCAAGACAGACCAAGCAGAGCAGCUGCUGAGCACUUUCUUCCCGCCUUUGCCAGCGAGGAUCGACGAGGAAGGGGAGAGACCGCAACGACGAGCGGUAUCUAUGCCGGACCUGACGCUGGAAGAGAUCGAAGUUAAAGUCAUGGCAGCGAAACCUUGGAAAGCACCUGGAGACGAUGGCGUCCCGGCGAUGGUGUGGAGACGGCUCUGGCCGGUAGUGAAGUACCGGGUGCUGACUCUCUUUGAUGCGUCGCUCAGGGACGGCACAGUGCCUCGCCAAUGGAGGAGUGCGAAAAUCAUUCCGCUCAAGAAGUCGGACAAGGGCGAUUAUACAGAGGCCAAAGCGUGGCGGCCGAUAUCUCUUUUGUCAACUCUCGGGAAGAUAAUGGAAGCGGUCAUCGCUGAGCGCAUCUCUUACGCGGUAGAGACCUACGGGCUCCUGCCUGCAAACCACUUCGGAGCGAGGAAGCGACGGUCUGCGGAGCAAGCGCUCCUACUGCUGCAGGAACAAAUCUACAAGGCAUGGCGAGCUCGCAAGGUACUCAGCCUGAUCAGCUUUGAUGUCAAAGGCGCCUACAACGGGGUGUGCAAGGAGCGACUGCUGGCUAGGAUGAAAGCGCGAGGGAUACCGGACAGGCUGAUAAGGUGGGUUGGAGCCUUUUGCUCAGACCGAGCAGCCUCCAUCGUCGUGAACGGGCACGCAUCGGAAGUACGUGAACUGCCCCAAGCCGGCCUGCCGCAGGGGUCGCCACUAUCGCCAAUCUUGUUUCUUUUCUUCAACGCAGACCUAGUACAGCGAAGGAUUAAGGCGGAAGGCGGAUCCAUUGCCUUCAUUGACGACUACUCGGCCUGGGUGACCGGCCCGACCGCGGAGGCGAACCGGUCAGGCAUUCAGUCAAUUAUUGAAGGUGCGCUCGAGUGGGAAAAGCGCAGCGGCGCAACGUUUGAAGCGGAAAAGACGAUGGUCAUUCACUUCACGCGAGUCGCCGCGCGAAACAGUGCCAUCCCGUUUCUGAUUAAAGGAAAGGAGGUCAAACCUAGAAACAGCGCAAAAAUCCUGGGAGUGGUUAUGGACGUAGGCCUGCGGUACCAGGAGCACAUGGCUAGAGCGGCCGCCAGGGGGCUUACUGCCGCCAUGUGCCUGAGAAGGUUAAAAAAUGUUGUCACCGAAAGUGGCGAGGCAGCUGUUCGUAGCGACUGUCGCGCCGGUGAUGGACUAUGCCUCCAGUGUCUGGAUGCAUGCGCGCCGCGCGAGGGAAGCUGCCUGGCUCAACAAAGUGCACGUGCCGAGGCCGAAGCCUGCAUUCAUACGGUAGAGGAACGGCACAGACUUGCGGCGACGAGGCUCUGUGUCAACCUUCGGACCCUUCCCGCAACACAUCCGCUGGCAGCGUUGAGGAACAAAGCAAGCAAACGGUUCCUGUCGCCAAUGCAGACCAUUGCUUCGUGGGUGACAACGGCGUUCACGGAUCGAAUGGAGACUAUUCGCGAGUUUGCCUUACCGCCAUGGACCAGCCGCAUUCCUGUCUCGGGCAAAGACGAAUUCGCGGGGCCCGCCAAGGCAGCAAGCGAAGCCGAAGGCAUCAUCAUAGCAACGUCCAGCUCACUGAAGAAUGGCAUGGUGGGAAUGGGAGGCGUGGUGUACGAUACGACUAUCAACGGCGUAGGCGGAGUGCUAGCCAGCUACUCGGCCACUCUCGGAUCCAGAGACGAACAGAACCCGUACACGGCGGAGCUCGCGGCGGUGGCAAUGGCGCUGAGGUGCAUGCCGCACCAGAUUCCUUUCCGGGAUGUGACGGUCAUAUCGAGCAACCUAUCGGCAGUAGCAGUGAUCAGGCGGCCUCGGCAGCAAUCCGGCCAAUGCACUGUUCGUGAGAUAUACGACCAGACCAAGCGCCUGCAGCAACGAGGGUGUUCUGUUAGACUCAUGUGGGUGCCCGCCAAGGACGAGGACUUUGCACUGGGAGCAAUGGCCAAGGCAGCAGCGCAGAGAGCUACAAAGAUAGAUUGCAUAGUAGAGACACCGUCGUACCAAGCAAAGUCCACAACGCUUCGUCUGGCGCUCGCGCAGCGACAACCCCGGGGGCGACUCCCGGAAAGUGUUGGGAAGUAUUCAAAAUGUAUCGACACGGCGCUGCCGGGCAAGCAUACCCGUGCACUUUAUGACGCACUGAAAAGAAAAGAGUCGGAUGUGCUGGCCCAGCUUCGGACAGGCAUGACGCGGCUGAAUGGACAUCUCCACAGAAUAGGAGCCGUGGAAUCGGAAUUGUGUGAGUGUGGUCAGGCCACGGAGACAAUUGAGCACUUUCUCUUUCGAUGCAAGAGGUGGACAAUGCAAAGGGAAAUCAUGGUCCAAUGCUCACGAACCAAGAUUGGAAAUUUGUCUUUCUUCUUGGGAGGAAAAUCGGCAGCGGAUGACGACAAAUGGAAGCCAGAUAUGCAGGCUGUCCGUGCAGCAAUUGCCUUUACGCUAGCUACGAAAAGACUAGAUGCAGACCAGCGGCCAGCGACAAGAUAA